AACCUGCUGCCGGGCGAGUUGGCCAAAUAAGGGGGCCGAGCGUGAUGAUGAUUUGUCUACGGGGAUUCUGGGAAUUGCAUGCAUGACCUUAACGGCGUAGGGAGGGAAAAUUCUGUAUCUGGCUGAUGUUAAUAUGUCUCCUGUUGCCUAUCCAGAGGAAUAGAUUCGGCAUUACUAUCUUCUCCCGAUCAUCAUCUGAUCGUUUUGUUAUACUUUCGUACCUGGAUGCCACGGGACGCCGAGCCCUAAGGCUAGGGCACAAUCCGCACGUGGUGAUGACCUCAUCUUGAUGCAUUACGACGAUCAGUCUAUUAGUCUAUACAUCCCUAUAGUACAUACCUAUACUAUUCCUAUAUCGAUUCUCUAUACAUUCCCGGUACGACUCCACAAUGAGCAACACAAACACAAGCACAGACAUCUGGAUCUCCGGCGCCUUUGCCGUCCUCAUCGUCGACUUCCUCGUCUACCCGGUCGACACGCUGAAAACCCGCAUCCAAUCGCCGAACUACACGCCUGUGUACAAGGAUCCUGCGACGGGGCGUGUCAAUCGCGGUCUGCUGUUCCGGGGGCUGUAUCAGGGCGUGGGGAGCGUGGUUUUGGCUACGAUUCCGGCUUCAGGAUCCUUCUUCACCACCUACGAAACGCUCAAACACCUCGGCACGCAGCAAAGCAAAUACACGAUCCCGACUCCCCUCCUGCACACCCUCUCCUCGUGCACCGCCGAAGCGGUCUCCUGCGCCGUCCUCACCCCGGCAGAGGUGAUAAAGCAGAACGCGCAGGUGAUCAUCCGAGACCAAACACCCUCUCAAACCCAACCCCAUUCCCAUUCCCAUUCCCAUUCCCACCAAACAAAGAAGACAGGUGUGACCAUCCCCACGAUCCGGAAAUUCCUUCAUCGCCCGUGGACGCUCUGGAGCGGGUAUACGGCUCUCCUGGGUAGGAAUUUGCCGUUUACGGGGCUGAAUUGGCCGGUUUUUGAGUAUUUGAGGGGGAGGAUUGUGGAUUAUAGAUCUGGGUAUAAGGGUGAUGAACCGGGGGGGGGAAGAGGAGGCGGGGAAAGGGGGGGUAAAUCCAUGCUAGAGAGGGCCAUAAUCACCGGUCUGGCAGCGAGUAUAUCCGGGACGGUGGCGUCGGUAGUGACGACGCCGAUUGAUGUUGUGAAGACGAGGAUGAUGUUGAAAGCCGGGGAGGGACAGGAACAGAGACAGAGUCAGGGACAAAGAGAGAGGGCAAAGAAGGAAGGUGUAUGGUCGACGGGAAAAACGAUAGUCAGAGACGAGGGCGUGAGGGGACUAUUCAGAGGAGGUGCAAUCCGCUCAGUAUGGACGGCUGUGUCAUUCGGGGUGUAUCUGUGUAUCUACGAGGCAGGGAGACAGUAUCUGGGGAGUAGACGGGAGGAGAAAAGCCCGAGUGGGUGAGCAACAUCAUACAUACAUUAGAAUACGCUGGUGGUCACCCACACUGUUGCUAUCAUUGUGUCACACACUCUCUCUCUAACCAGAAGCGGCAG